AAGCUAUCCAUGAGGCUACCUUUCAUUUUUUACAUACACUGUCAUCCUAAUAUUUUUACUGCGCAUCAACCUGAAGUGGGCGGCGCUCGAACUAACCACAGAACAUUAUAAAAGGAAAGAACAGCUAGCGUUUUAUAGCACUGUAUCAGAAAAAGACAAGGGAGCACAGCUGCUGUUAAACAAAGAAAGACAGAAAUAAAGGCAACACAAAGAACUGGAACAACCAGUCCAGAGAAGAAAUAUAAGAAGCUCUUAACAUGUCUGACAACACAGGUGACCUGAACACUCUGAGGCUGGUGCUGGUUGGAAAGACUGGAGUUGGAAAGAUUGCAGCAGGAAAUGCACUCCUGGCCAAGAAGGAGUUUAAAUCUUCAUUCAGCGACUCCUCAGUAACAAAGGUCUGUGCUAGGGGAGAAGGAGAAGUUGCAGGGAGACGUGUUGUUGUGGUCAACACUCCAGGCUUGUUUGACACAAAGCUCUCCAAUGUGGAAAUUGUAAGUGAGAUUGUGAAAUUCAUUCAGAAGUCCUCGCCGGGACCCCAUGCUUUCCUCCUGGUGCUGAAGCUGGGUCGAUACACUGAGGAAGAGCAAAAAACUGUGCAGAUAAUCCAGGAGGUUUUCGGUAAAAGCGCUUCGAAAUACAUGAUGGUGCUUUUCACUCACAGGGAUUGUCUGGAUGACGGUGGCCAGACAAUUGAGGAGUUUCUUAAAAAUGCUGACAAGAACCUCAAGCAGCUGGUAGAGUCGUGUGGGAACAGGUUUCAUGCGAUCAAUGGAAAAGACCUUAAGGAUCAGGAGCAGGCCAAAGUACUUCUGGAGAAAGUAGAGAACAUGGUGAAAAUAAACGGUGGAUGCUUCUCCAAUGAUUUGUACGAGCUAGAGGAGAAAAGAAAGGCAGAUGAAGCGAGGUACCAGAAGGAAAUUGAAGAGCUUAGGAAGAAGAAUGAAGAGGACGCGGAAAAGUUAAAACAGGCGAAUGUAGCAAAUGAGAUAAUAGCAAAGAUGCAGGAGAUGAAUAUGAAGCUAAUCACCAUGAUGGUGGAACAGAUGAAGAAAACAAAUGAAGAUAAUAUGAAAUGUAUGGCAGAACAUCUAAAACAACCACAGAAAGUGGAAUCCUGCUGUGUAUCAUAGUGUAGUGGAUUUCUCUAGAUUUUACAUUCUUGCGCCAGGUUUCCAUGUGUGACAGGAGUGUAAAUGUGUCCUCCAAACAAAAUGCAUGGUUUAAUUAUACAUUUAUAUUGUGAUUUGGGGGUGGGCUUUGACAAGUACACAACCACCAAUAGCUUUAUUAUGGUGGGAAACUGUUUGAAGUGAUAAUAUGUGUACUUUAAUAUAAUAAAAUGCUGAACAAAUAA